UUGUUUUUAAUUUAUUGAUAUAUAUCCGCUAAAAAAAAGGUUUAUAUUUGGCCAAGGUACUGUAUAUACACCACAUCUGCUGUUGAUAAUACAUGUUGACUAUACUGGACUACAUUUUUCACAGUAAUUGUGGUUUUUGUGUGUAACAAACAAUGUUCAUCACCGAAAUAAUCCACAUCAUGAAAAUUUGCAAUCCUGUCUGUUUUUUCGUAGGAGCUUUUGUUUUCGCUACAACAAUGGUAAAAGUCGUAUCUCCAGAACAGCUGUGCAUAAGGGAAGUUGAAGAUUGUUGUUUGAUAUGGUCUUUGAACGGCACUGGAAUAUGUAAAAAAUGUUUCAAAGGAUAUAUUGGGAAUAAAUGCGAAUUUACCUGCCCAUAUCCAGGCUACGGGGAAUCUUGCCAGCAAAAUUGUAACUGUGAAGAACAGUAUUGUAAUCACAUCACAGGAUGUCAAGAUGGCUCACCAACAUUUACACCAAACUCAAAAUCCGCUACCGAAAUCGACAGAUCUGUUCUUCAUGUAGAUGUAGCUACGAAGAAGAUAUCAUGCCCCGCCGGUUUCAUUGGAAAUAAUUGUCAAAUAUCGUGUCGAUUUCCAGCAUUUGGUUAUGGGUGCCAGUUGAAAUGUGAAUGCAGCCAGAACUACUGUAAUCACAUAAUUGGUUGUAAUGGUAAAUAUGUGCACAUUUUCUGA